AUGGAGUCGGUACGCGUGAAGCGAGGUGUCUCCGUGGAGCAGCAAGCGGUAAGCGAGCACGUGGCCGGCACGGGGCUCGCGGGCCUGGCGCGGCGGGACACACUUGCGAAUCCGCGAGGGAGCACCCGCCGGAAACCGAGGUGUACCGGGGCUCCUCGAGUACAGAGAAGUGGCGGCCCGCGGCGCGCCUGCCCCGCGCACCCCGCGCCCUGCACCCCCCACACCCGCACAUGCACUCAGAAGCCUCCACACCACCGCUCACCCCGCAUUCUAUACUCGCCU